CCCCACCCCUCCUCCGGCCGCGGAGAAGGGCAUGGAGUUGGCGGGAGCCUAUAAAAGCCCCUGAGAGCGCGCUGGGGCUCCGGCGCUGUGAGAGCCUGCACGGGCGGAUCAGGGCCGCGCACCAUGUCCCACCACUGGGGAUACGGCAGCCACGACGGACCAGCUCACUGGCAUGAGCACUUUCCCAUCGCCAAUGGAGAGCGCCAGUCCCCUAUUGACAUCUGCCGCAAGUCCGCCAAGUACGACUCCUCUCUGAAGCCUCUUAGCUUCAGUUACGAUGCCAGCACGGCCAGAAACAUCGUCAACAACGGGCACUCCUUCAACGUGGAGUUUGAUGAUUCUUCUGACAAGUCAGUGCUGCAAGGAGGAGCGCUGGAUGGAGUCUACAGGCUGGUGCAGUUUCACAUUCACUGGGGAUCCUGUGAUGGCCAGGGAUCUGAGCACACUGUGGAUGGUGUGAAGUAUGAUGCAGAGCUCCAUAUUGUUCACUGGAAUGUAAAAUAUGGUAAAUUUGCUGAAGCUGUGAAGCAUCCUGAUGGUUUAGCUGUGGUGGGCAUCUUCAUGAAGGUGGGAAAUGCCAAGCCUGAGAUGCAGAAGGUUGUGGAUGCUCUGAACUCCAUUCAAACCAAGGGAAAGCAAGCUUCCUUUACAAAUUUUGACCCCACUGGACUCCUUCCUGCAUGCAGAGACUACUGGACAUACCCUGGCUCACUGACCACUCCACCCCUGCUUGAAUGUGUGAUCUGGCACGUUCUGAAGGAGCCCAUCACUGUGAGCCCUGAGCAGAUGUGCAAACUCCGUGGCCUUUGCUUCAAUGCUGAGAAUGAGCCCGUGUGCCAUAUGGUGGACAACUGGCGCCCAUGUCAGCCUUUGAAGAGCAGGGAAGUCAGAGCCUCCUUCCAGUAACCUCAGCGUUGAGAGUGUUAGGAAUUGCUGUGUUUGUGAGGAACCCCUUUUUGCUAAGCCCAAAUCAAACUUUGCCAUGUGUGCCCAGGCAACAUCUUGUCUCCCAGAUCCAUUCUUUCUUUUGCUCUGCAUCUGAAAUGCCAGCUAAUGAAAUGUGAAAGGCUCUUGGCCGAAUGGGAAAGGGUUGUUGAGGUGUGGGGUUGGGGGCAGCAGGGGAUGUGUGGCUGUGUGCAUUUUGGUGACUAUUACUGCAACUGAAACUUUGGUGUAACAGUAUGUUGGCUACUUGGGAGAGGAUUUGAUGGUAGCAAAAUAAGCCAUUUUAAGAAACCUCAUCCACUGGUGUGGUAGUACAUGUAACUAACGAUAACUUGAAGCUUUGUAAGAAGCACAGGAAUACAAAAUCUAGCUAUUAUUUUAGGAAAAAAAAAAAGUUAUUUUGAGAAAGCUAAGCAAAAUGAAUACUUAGAAUUAGACUUCUUAGAUUUUAAGAAACUGACAUGUAAAUAUUUUUGAGACUAUUUUGCAUUUUUACCCAUGCUGUCAACAGCCUUAGUUAUGUCUUAAUGGUAGUGUUGGGUUUUUUAAUUAAACAUGUUCUAAAUUAAAUGUUACCUUUAAAAAUUAUUACCAUAGAAAUAAUACAAAAUCUUUUCAUUGAAAUAAUAUAUGUUCUAAUUUAAAAAGGAAAAUAAUAUUGUAUUUUAGAUAACUUCUCUAAUAAAUCUCUACUUCUA